GGGUUCUAUUUAAGAACUUGGGACUUGCAGAAGACCGUUACUUUGGAUCGUUUUCUUGUGUCGUCUGUUCGCCAUGCUCCGUUUGGUUGCCCUCAGCGUUCUUCUGUGUGUUGUAACUGCACAACUUCCAAGGCCAUGUGAAUCACCGAAGCAAUGGGAGGGGAGAGUGAUUACGGUGGACAGGAAGGAGAAUUUCUUCAGGGCUGGUCGCAUCAGUUAUGACGAGUACGCACCUCGAUUCCGAAUAAUCGAGGAGGAAGCACAAGACAAGAACGUGGCUUACUACGAUGUUCUCUACUUACACAAUGUGGGUAAAGAAUACCGUCUUAAUCUGAAAACUAGACAGUGUAACGUGACAGCACUGACACGCCCCUUCCGUCCUUUCGGAGUACCUCCAUUUGCAAACUUCACCGGUGAGGCUACCAUCGGGGCUGCUGGUAUUCCCGGGGAAAAUGUUGUCAUCGAAAACUUUAAUGGUCAGUUCGAAGAUGGAACUAGAUUCUUUGGUGAUGUUACCUACCCAGACUGUAUUCCUGUAUCUAAUGGAGCCAUUUCCAAUGAAUAUGGAUUCGUUAUGAAUACGUAAGAAACUCUCUUUUCCUCAACCUAUAUAUUUCUCACUCCGUCUAACCAUUCGCCAAAGCAGUGGGAAGGGAGAAUCAUAACGGUUGAUAGAAAGGAAAAUUACUUUAGAAGAGGCCGUAUCAGUUAUGACGAACCCUCUUCUCGUUGGCGGAUCGUCGAAGAGGAAAUACAAGGGAGACAAGCUGACUAUUAUGACAUCCUUUAUCUUCACAAUGUGGGAAAGGAAUACCGACUGAAUCUGAAAACAAGACUUUGCAAUGUGACAGCUAUAACUAAAACCUUUCGACCUUAUGGGGUACCCCGUGAGGCAAACUUCACCGGCGAGGCCACCAUUGGGGCUGCUGGUAUUCCCGGAGAAAAUGUGGCUAUCUUGAAUUUUGCUGGACAAUAUCAAGAUGGAACUAAAUUCUUUGGUGACGUCACAUACCCAGAUUGCAUUCCUGUAUCUAACGGAGAGAUUAAUAAUGAAUCCGGUUUCGUUCUGAAUAUGUUAUUUGAUAUCAGUGUCGGACUAAGUGACCCUAUGGUGUUCGUCCCUCCGAGGGAGUGUGCGGGAAGGUCUUGAAACAUAUAACAUUUUAAAACACUCACUAG